AUGGAGUCUAUAACGGGGCCGUUGGCCUCUCUGGUCAAUCCACUCUCCUUCUCUUUUCCGAUGUGGUUGGCCUCCCUCGUGCUCAAGGAGCUUGCCUUGCAAGCAGCAGACCUUGGUGUGACCUGCGCGUGCCGCUUCCUGAAGGAGCUGCCAAGCCGUACGGGUCAAAGAGUGCUGUACAAGAACCAGCUGGACCACAAGGACAUGAUGUUCCUGUCUGUCAAUUCUGUCAUCGAAGCAGUUUUCACUUGCCACAUAUUCAAAAUGAUGUGGACCUCACCGCUCAUUUUUCGCAGCUGGAGCUCCUUCACCAUCUUGACAGGACCUCUGGCGCUUCUGUUGAUCGUGCUGCUCAACGACAUGUUCUAUGCUCCUGCCCAUCGCUUGCUGCAUCAUCCGUCCAUCUAUCCGUUCAUUCACAAGCAUCAUCACCGGUCAGUCUAUCCAACGCGCGGCAAUAUUGAUGCUCGCAAUGAGCAUCCCGUGGAGCAGCUGAUAGCCAUGACUUUGUGGAUGACAGCUGUUCACAUCACUGCCUACACUGUGGGGCUGCAUGCGGCUGCCUUGGGUACGCAUCUGGCCUUCAUGACGACCGGAGCUUCCCUCAAUCAUGCGGGAUACGACUUCGACAUUCGCUUCUUAGGAUUAGACUUGUAUUCGACCGGCGCGCACGAGAUGCACCACCGCCGGCCAGACAAGAAUUUUGGACAGUUCACGAUGCUUUGGGACAAAAUGAUGGGAACAUACAUUCCCUAUGAAGAAGGAGCAGAAGCGACAAAGCAAGUACUUGGAGAAAAGGCUGAGUGA